AUGUCCAAUGUGAACGAAGCCGAGCAGCUCAAAGCAGUAAUGCGCCGUGUGCAUGCAGAAAACAAAGGCUUCGCAGACGCACUGCAACGACGGGACAGCAGCCGAAACUUCACGCAUCUCCCAUCCAAUAUUGGAAGCACCGAGCACUCCCCACUACUCACCCGCCGUAACACAGUCGAGAACGUUGCAGCGUUACAACCAACUGCUUCGCGCCAGUCAUAUGUUCCUCGUGCCAUCGAGCAAUACAAUCAGCAAAUGGCCGAGGCCGCUUUGACAAGGAAUGGACGAGGUCUGAAGGCGAAGGCCACGACGAAGGUCGAUAAGUCAAAUCAUGUGUGCUGGAAUUCGAGCUACUGCAGACCUGCGAGCGAGAUAUUGGAAGAAAUUAUCGAACCUUUCAUCACAAAGCUCGAGCAAGGCCAACACCAGUCUCUUCUUGAAAGUGACCAUGCUCAGGAGUUAUUUGGCCACCAACGAUCCGAUAAGACCGAAGGUAUUAGACUUCAAGACUUUCCCAACUGGUCCGACUUCAUCUUCCACCGUCUUGGACUUUUGCAAGCCGAUCGUUCGAGACCUGAGAAACAAUAUAUCUUUUUCUGCAUAGGCUAUGCUGCUCUUCUGACGUUCUUACAAGCGGCUGUCACUGGUCCUCCUCUAACUUUCGAUCCGGCCAGAUUGUUGUUUAGUCAAGAUGUCGCAGCAGAGAAGGAGUCUAUCAAGGCUGAGAGGCAGAAGUUGUUGGCCAGCUUCAGUAUGGACGGCAUCGCUGCAUACAAGCUCACGCCUAACGUUGAGCUGUUGGCUCUGGCUGACAUAAUCUUUACGUGUCCACCUGUACUGAAGAAGGUCGAGGUGGCGAGGUGGGCGAAACUGAGGGUGGCGUUCCUGCAGCAAAGGUUGUUGUCUGAGGUUUCGUCAACAUUGCAGGAUGUCAUCUACGAUGAUCUUGGGCUGGUAGCAGAUGCGGUGUUGGGUGACGAUCAACAGCGUGGUAUGGACAAGCGGAGACAAGCUGAAUUCCUGCUCGAACGCUCUACUAUACAUAUCCACCAUGGACUUGACAAGUUUGCUCGGGAGGAUCUGGAUCAGGCGAAGCGGGUGAGAGGGUUUAAGUACGCUCUGACUGGUUUACUGGGUAAGAGGACGAAGUUCCAGCAGCAUGAUAUCAGUCAGCUUGUCGUCCUCGCCAGAAGCGCAGAGGACGGCGAACGCGCCAAUGACUCAAACGGGCAAGUUGUUAAGGAGUCUGAGACGGCCUCGAACAUUGAAUCCCAACCAGCGGAAGUCGAUCUAAACGAUGAUACACUGCUCGAACGCAUCAGCUUUUCUGAUGUUGCAACAACCUCGAACAAUGCUGCAAGGGAGGAGUCAUUGCCAGCAUCUUUACAAAGUUUAGAUGCUGGCAACCAGCCUCAGCUCAAUCCUCUUGACUCCACACUUCUGCUCUCCUUCGCUUCGUCAAUCACAAACACCUCGCCAGCAAAUGGUCUGACCAGGGAGGAGACAUUACCAUAUGCUACCCGCGUACUCGAUGGUGGCAGCUCGAAUUGGCAGGUCUACACACAAGCUCUACUGGUGCGAAGCAGGAUCGAGGGAUAUAAGUCAAGAACAGUAGAGCGGGGCCUACUACAGCUUCAAGCAUUGGUAGAUCAAGUUAUCGCCGAUACUGCUGGCGCCGAAGCUGUCGCUGCAACUGGGCAAAGUAAUGGAGACCACGCUGCUACGUCCUUCCUUCCACGACCAAAGGAAGCAGAAAGCGCAUCUGUUGCUGAGCGACUGCGAUACAUCUUCCAACUCGCAUCCCCUUCAAGAUGGGACCUGGAAGCCGAAUUAGCCACUCGAUGGGUCUCACUAGGAGGCCUGAGAUCGGCUCUCGAAAUCUAUGAACGACUUGAGAUGUGGGCAGAAGCUGCCUUGUGUUACGCAGCCACCGAGCAAGAAGGUAAAGGUAGACAAAUGGUACGAAGGCAAAUUUACCAUGCCACGAGUAGUGAUGGAGUUGUAUCAGAAGCAGAUACUAGAGAAGACGAAGAGUGGCAAGGACCAGAACGAUCGCCUGCUCCUCUCGAUGCUCCACGGUUGUACUGCAUCCUUGGCGACAUCGAUCAAUCCGUGGAGAUGUACGAGAAAGCGUGGAAAGUGUCCAACCAGCGCUAUGCCCGUGCGCAGAGGUCAUUGGGGAGGCAUUACAUGUCCGAAAACAAUGCUCUGAAAGCCGCCGAGGCCUAUGCCAAGAGUUUGAAGGCGAAUCAGCUCCACAAUCAAAGCUGGUUUGCGCUGGGAUGUGCUUACCUCGAGCUCUCACAAUUUGAGAAGGCGGUCGAAGCCUUCUCGCGCUGCGUCCAGCUGGAUGACACGGAUGCAGAAGCUUGGAGUAAUCUCGGUGCUGCAUUACUUCGAUCAGAACCGACAGAAGAAGCCCCUGAUACCAAUACGACUAUCCAGCCCCCAGCAGACGAAGACAACACCAACAUCACCGACCACAAACCCACCCGCACCGCCCAAAAGAACCGCCAAGACGCCCUCAAAGCCCUCAAGCGCGCCGCGACGCUCAAACACGACAGCUACAGGAUCUGGGACAAUGUCCUCACCAUUGCCGCCUCCGUGGUCCCGCCAGACUAUCCCUCCGUCCUCGCCGCACAGAAACGCAUCAUCGAUCUUCGUGGGUCGAUCGAAGGCGAGAAAUGUAUCGAUAUCCAGGUUCUUGGGCUCCUGGCGCAGCACAUCAUUUCUACUGCUGAUGGAUAUGAUCCCUCGGAGCCUGGAUUAGCAAGGAUGUUCGUGAGAUUCGUGGAUGACAAUGUCGUUCCGCUUAUCACAGGAAGUGCUGAGCUAUGGCGGAUGGUAGCAAAGUUGGCGCUGUGGCGGAAUCGACCUUCCUCUGCUCUUGAGGCGGAGGAGAAGGCUUGGAGGGUGGCUGUUGCGCAGACGGGAUGGGAUGGGGAUAGUGAGGAUAAGUGGAGGGAUGUCGUUGAGGCGACGGUGAGGUUGUGUGAUUCUUAUGAGUCUCUUGGGCAGAAAGAGAGGACUGAGGGGAUGGGGGCGGGGGAGUUAGUGGCCAAGGAUUGGAAGUUCAAGGCUAGGACUGCGGUUAGGACUGUUAUGGGAAGGGGCAAGGCCGUUUGGGAGGGGACGGAGGCGUGGGAGAGGUUGGUUGAGAAGGGGCAGGAGUUGAAGGGGUGA